GACAGUCGUUACUUUACACAGCACUUUGCUUGACACCUACUGAAUGUUUUCUGUAUGAUUACACUUUCGUAGCGGUGAAUCCCCCUGGAAAAAAGGACAUUACCUCAUUUUAAGGACUUGGACUCUGUUAGUGAUGAGUCAGUUAAGUUUCGAAAGGUAGACUUUACAGACAUUCCGAUAUAUUUUUAGGAGUUGGAUUCUUCGCCAAGCUUGUGUCGUCACUCGUCAGUCAACAAAAUUAUAUCAAGCAAAAUGGAUGAACAACCGGAGACCAAGUUUUGCAGUAACUGCAAACGAGACAUUCCAGCACAGAAUUUCGUGAUGCACCAGACGCACUGCCAGCGGAACAUCGUGCUGUGUGAACACUGUAAGGAGCCUGUGCCUCGAUCUGAGAUGGAAGAACACUUUGAGGAGACCCAUGCCCAGGUCAAAUGCAAAUGUGGAAUGUCAGUGGAAAAGUGCAAGUUGGAAGAGCAUGAGACUGAUGCAUGUCCCCUACGGCCAGCCCAGUGCCAGUACUGUGAGAUCGACCUGUCCCACAAGGACCUGGCCUCGCACCUGGACUACUGCGGCACGAGGACUGAGGAGUGCUUCAAGUGCCACCAGAGGAUCAUGAAGAAGGACGAGCUGCAGCACGAAGCAUCCAACUGCAAGUACCCCGAACCCAAGCCGCUCACCAAGUCCAGCUCCGAGUCGUCCGUACGAGACCUCCCAUCGCACUACCAGUACGGGAUCUUCAACCGGUACGCCUCUGAGUUCGACAUCCCCAUGGAUUCGGACCCCUUCGAUCUGGAACAGCCAAUCAGGUCAGUCGAUUCGGACCACUCCUUGCUGGUGAGAUCGCGCGGCGCCCGAGCGCGCCUGGUGAACCAGGGUCCAACGAGAAACCGGAUAUCGAGCGACAGAGACGUUGCCAUGCCAGUGCCAAGGAGCGUGGCACAAGCGAAGAAGGGACCCAAGAACAAGUCGACCAACGUGAGCGCGGCGAGAGGGAGAGACAUCCCGCCCAGACGGGGUUCACAGCCCAGGAGGGGCUCAGGACACAGCGAUGAUUCUGACCCAGACUGGGUCCUGGCCAGACACCUGGCCCACGACCUCUCGGACCAGGAUGACCACGAGCUGGACACACUGCUCCCUGGGUUUGACCGCUCCUCUAACAACAACAACGGCGUGAUGCACACGGGAGGGCUGAUGCACAGUCCUCCACAGAACAGGGCACACCACAUUACUACAGCUGUUACCAAUGGAGAUGAUGCUGCCAUCCCGUGUGAGUUCUGUCAGGACCUGUUUCCCAUUGACAUUCUAAUAGAACACCAGUCUGGCUGCAACCCGUACCUGUCCCAUGCCCCAGUGAAGUAUGGUGGUAACCUGACCAGCACCAGUACACAACAACCUCCUGCCAACCAGGGGGACAACAGGGACAGGCAACAUGCAGGGUCUGGUCACCCCUCUGUCAUGGACAACUUGGGAUAUUCCUCUGUAGAAGACAGACUACGGAGCAUUCCCCUAGACCCAAUCCCAGUACCAGACGAUGACUCAGCUAUGUUGCCGUGUGAGUUUUGUGGAACCCUGCUGCCAGCAGACUUUCUUAUACAGCACCAGUCUGUUUGUCAGAUGGAUGACCUCAGGUCAGAGGCCCCCACGCCGCGCCCCCCUCCCCAGCUACCCCCCUCCGUGGCACCCCCUGUCCGCAGACACAAACCCUCUAAGGACCAGUACUCCGACACAGGCCCUACAAGACGGGUCAAGAGACAAGGUGAUCCUUCAGCAUCAUUUCUCUCCUUUGGGGAGUCUUCGUCCACGAAUCACCGCAUGAAACCAGUCGGGCCCAAGAAGAACCCCGGGGGUACGCGCCCAGGUGCCACCACCAUUACCAACCACUUUGCCAGUCUGCACCAGGAGAAAACUAGCACCAAGUCGUCGUCUAACACCAAAACUGGGCAAGUUUCAGAGCCACGAGAGGAGGCCGAAUCACCAGAACUGGCGCCACGUUAUCGGGCAAAUAGCGCAGCAAGAACAAGGAAGACUCUGGAGUCUCUCCUACAGGACGACAAUAUGGCCACGUCAGAAAUUCUGGAACGGAUGGAAGAACACAAGAGACAGAAGGGGAGGAAAGGGGCGUGGGGGGAGGAGACAGAGAUAGACUUAACCAUGGACGAACCAAAAGUGAAAACACAGCCUAAAAACAAGCCGACCAGAAGGCCACAGCAGCCUGAGCCCAUGCCUGGGUACCAGGCUAGCUUUGCCAUGGGUCCAGGGGCGUCAAGGUCAACCAAGGUCAAGUCAACAGUCAAGUCUUCCUCAAGAUCUGUACCAAGUGAAGAAGGCUCAGGUACAACCAAUAGCAGGAGAAGAACUGACAGUAACGGUGCCAACAGCAGAACUAAGGCUGGCCAGUCCACCCGCAGAAGGAUGCGCCAUGAUGAGGUCUGAAGAGGAUGCCAGUGUUGUAGUUAUUUCAGCUUUAAAGCCCAGUAAUGUAGUCAUCCUGCACUGUAGUACUGCUGCAAUGUGAAUGGUGUAAAUUUCUGUACCUAGUUCUUCACACUCAGACAUGCUAAGUAAUGCUGUGUAAUUGUGGUAGAUGAAUUCUGAAAAUGACAAACACAGAUAUAUAAAACUUGGAAACCUUGUACAAUAUGGCCAGGUUGAACAAGAUGGGUGUACCAAUAAAUCCAUCUUGAAUUUUGAAUGUACAAUAAUAGCCUGGGUGCCAUCCUCCAUAGUUUCUGCCGCCUCCCUUAUGUGGUGGCCAGCAACAUUAGGGAGCCGGCAGAAACUGUGGAUGGUAGCACCUAGGCUAGCACAAUAAUUGCAAAGAUGUAAAUGUGAUUAACCAGAAUGUUAUGUCAAUGGAUUAAGACUGAUGCAUCAGAUUGUAAUUACUAAUAUUCUGAUCAAAAAUGUUCAUUGUAUUAUCAGUGAAUGGAGUACACAAAGUGUUAUACAUUAAAUGGCCACAGUUCCUGAGGUGAAAAGAAGGUGAAAAAGAAAACGUAAAACAAUACUUAUUAAUCUUACAAAAACCAAAGACACAAAAACAAGGUUUAAGUGUCAACUCAAGUAGCAAAUUCCAAAGAAUGGUGCCUCAACUUCCAAGACACAUGAAUUAGAAAAAUGAUUUUAACUUAGACAUACAUGUAAGUGGUGCUUUUAAGACAAGUUGCAUAGAAUAAAAGUGAACUACAACAAUAUGUUUUUACUGAAAUUUUCUCUAUUUCAUUUUGAUUUGUAUAUAAAUGAUGUAUUAAAUGAAAUGAAAACAGGCAUUCUUUUUGUUUUAAGCUGGGGUAUAACAAUGUACAUGUGCUUGAGUCUUUUGUGAUAUACAAAACAAGGACUUACCAAGAGAAACGGCAGAAAAAGUUGGUCAUGUGCAAGCACUACAAUACUACAGUAACUAUGAAUAAGGCUGGAGCCUGUGAAAGCUGGUGUAUAUUCAUGUCUCUUGGUACAAUAUCAUUCCCAGUCUUCCAGGCCCCACAUUUUAAGGCAUUUUUGGUGCUGAACUAUGUGCAGAAUUACAAUUCUUUGAGGAAAAGUACAGAUCAUAUCAAAUGUACAGUCCUUGUGAAAAAUCGGGGUGGGACUGUCUUUAACCUGGUAACAUAUCUCCACUCUACAAUCAGUUUGAAAACCUUUAAAUGCAAUGUUACAGUAGUAACAUCCACAAUGUCAUAAACCUUUAUCCCUCUAAGGGUGCUGCACUGCCCAUAAUGUGAUUACAGUAAAGCUUGUGUUCUGAAAGUUAAAAUAAAUUGUUACAGAGGGCUUGUGAGGACUUGUGCCUCACUGCCAUUAUAUUCCUUGCAUUGUUUGCAACCAAUCAAAUUCCUUGUAUCAAGGAUAGAAAAGGCAGCCAAUCAGAUGCCUUGUAUCAAGGAAAUAUAUCCAGAUUUUUCUUUGACAUGGCUUGACCAAUUUAGCAGACAUGUUUAACCCAAUAUUAUAGGUUGUGCAUGCCUUUCUUGUUUUGGUUCAAUGGUCACAAUUGUAGGGUGGUAAGUUUAUAAAUUAAGUAGACUUUAACUCAUGCUUGCCAAAAAAUAAGCAUUACAAAUAUGUAGAGUGCUUUUAAGAUUCCAUUUCAUGACAGAAUGAUUUUGUACAAAUAAGUAGUAAAUAUAUUAUCAUUUUUAACAUGAUUUUUAUGUAUGGACAUCAAUUGUGAACAGGCAGUGCCUUUCCAUUUGAAGAGUUCACUGUAAAAAUGUUUCUUUGUGUUGCAGACUGAAAUAAAGUUACACUAUACUAUAGAUGUACAUAUCAAUGUAGGAUGGAUCACGUAUAUGCAUUUAGAUGUUUAGUGGUGAAGUAUGCUGUUGUUGCAUUUUAGACAGAGAUGACCUGUCAAAAUG